CUCUCUCCCUUUCCCUCUGUCUCCUUCUCUCCCUCCCGAUGUUGGAUCCCGGCGCGGCGCCCGCAGGGAUGAGCGAUGGAGGGGCCGAACCCGGCGGGAGCCCCGUCCUGCGGGCCGAGCCCUCCGCUACCGGGCGGGCCCGGGAGAAGGCACCGACCCGGGCGGAGCUGGAGAGCGCCCUACGCGGCGGCGGCGGCGGCGGCUUCAAGGACAUCCCGGGAACGUCGUCGGUCAGCCCCGGCUCCUCCAAGGAGCGCGCCCCGGACAGCGAGAGCCCGGCGGGACCCGGCGAGGCGGAUUACUGCCGCCGCAUCCUGGUGCGAGAUGCCAAAGGGACGAUCCGGGAGAUCGUGCUUCCCAAGGGGCUGGACCUGGACCGGCCCAAGCGGACGCGGACAUCCUUCACUGCCGAGCAGCUCUACCGCCUGGAGCUGGAAUUCCAGCGCUGCCAGUACGUGGUGGGACGGGAACGCACGGAGCUGGCGCGGCAGCUCAACCUCUCCGAGACCCAGGUGAAGGUCUGGUUCCAGAACCGCCGCACCAAGCAGAAGAAAGACCAGAGCCGGGACUCAGAGAAACGCCCCGCAACCACCUCCGAGUCCUUCGCUACCUGCAACAUCCUGCGCCUGUUGGAGCAGGGCCGGCUCCUGCCCCUGCCGGCCCCCCCCAGCCUCCUCUCUCCCACCUCCCACCCCAUCGCCAGCCCUACCGGUAACGGAGCCGGGCUGCCCGCACCGGGAACCGCGUCCCCGGGGCUCAGCGGUGGGAGCAGCCCCCCCGCACCGGGAGCCUUCAGCCUCCAACUCCCGGCUCUCGCCGCCUCCUCCUCCUCGUCCUCGUCCUCGCCCUCGCCCCGGCUGCCGGGCUCCGCGCUCUGCUUCGGGGCUGCGCUGCGGGGCGGCCCCCCCGAGCUCCCCGGCGCUUACGGACUGGGCACGUCCGCGUUCGAGCCUUACACGCGCCUGGAGAGGAGGGACAAUGGCAGGGCCGGGGGGGGGGAGCCGAGCCCCUGA